CACACCUCACCUUCCCCUUGCAAAUACAAUUGCACACAAAAGCACACACAUGCACAUGCACAUGCUUCAUUUUACAGGAAAUUUGCUGAAGGCAAAUGUACAGAAACAAGGUGAAAUGUGCUAGCCUCUCUUUCAUGACCAUAUGAACCAGACAAGAGUCACUGUUAACAUCUCACAGCAGUUAUUCAUUAUGGAGGAAGCGCAUACAGAAAGAAUGGAAGCAACAACAGUAAGCUAUUACUACCAACUUGAAGACCACAUGUGCGAUACUGAACAUUCAAACUUGAACUCGGAUUUCAAGGCUGCCGCUUUCUACCUGGUCUUUGUGCUUGGCCUUGUCGGGAACAUCACCAUCUUAUGGGUUCUCCUGAAAGUCAUGCAUCUGAAAACUUUGACAAAUGUUUGCCUGCUGAAUCUGGCUCUGUCUGAUCUGCUAAUGGUCCUUUCGCUGCCCAUCUGGGCUUUGUACACUCAAGGUCAUUACCUCACAGGCAAUGCUAUGUGUAAGGUUAUAGCAGGUGUAUAUCAGGUGGGGCUUUACAGCGGUAUCCUGUUUGUUACCCUGAUGAGCGUGGAUCGCUAUCUGGUUAUCGUACAUGCCGUGGCAGUGCUUGGUGCGAAGAUGCUGCGUUACGGAGUUGUGGUUAGUCUCAUCAUAUGGGUGGUUUCAAUCGCGGCUGCUCUGCCUGAGGUCAUCUAUGCAGCGAUGGUGACGGAGGACAACACCACCAGCUGCCAGAGACUCUAUCCUGAAGAAUCAGCACAGAAGUGGAAGCUUUUCCGCAACUUUAGCGAAAACUCUGUUGUGCUUUUCGUCUCCUUGCCGAUUAUAAUCUACUGCUACAUCCGGGUCCUAAGGGUGGUGCAAAGGACAAAAAACAAAAAAAGGGAUCGAGCUAUAAAACUCAUUUUAGCUAUCGUUGCAGUGUUCAUGGUCUUCUGGGUGCCCUACAAUGUGGUUGUGUUCCUGAAGACCUUGCAAGAGUUUGGCAUACUGAGAAGCUGUGUGCCGUUUUAUCAUAUCAACAGGGCCAUGGAUCUGACAGAGAUGAUCGCGCUGACGCACUGCUGCAUAAAUCCAGUGAUUUAUGCAUUUGUCGGAGAAAAGUUUCGAAAAUGCCUCGCAAGUGUGUUUUCAAAAUGUCUACGAUCUGCAAAGAUCUACCAGUUCGACUCGCUUAAAACCCAAUCAAAUCAUUCAAAGGUUUCAGAUAAUGACACCUCCAAUACAGGUUUUUAAAGAACUGAUAUUUUUCUUCUCUUUUUUACACCACACAUCAAACAGUAUAUAGUUACACGGUACAACAACACACAGUUUAAAAAUAUACAAAAAUAAUGUUAAUAUUUUCUAAAUGUGACCUUGUCUGUGAAAACCCAGCUAAAGUUUGUGUUUUACUGUUUUCUACAUAAAAUCAUCCUAUAUAAUGUAAAGAAUAUUGUGUGAAAAUAUAACCUUGAUAUUUUAAAUAUUGAGUAAGAUCAUGACAAAGAUUGAAAUCAAUGUGAAAUCACAGACAGGGUCAGACAUACACUGUAUGUAAAUUAUGUUUAAAAUGAAUUUUAAGUGAAAUUUUAAGUAAAAAAACUAAAAUUUUUAAGUGUUACUAAUUAAAUUAAUUAAGUUGAUCCAACUUUUCUUUUUUUACAGUGUAAGAAAAAAGUUUUUUUUUGAAACUGCAAUGUAAAAAAAUGCAGUAUGAAGUUAAAAAAAACUUGGUUUUGCAAGUCAAAACCUAUUUUAGGUUUUGACAUAAAAAACUUGACAUAACAAAUUAAUUUAAAAUCUAUUUUAACUUGUUUUAAGUUAAAGUUACAUAAAAAUCUAUGUUGAUUUGACAAAAAUGUUGAAUUUUUUUACAGUGUGCUGUUUUUAAAGCUUAUUGUGUAGUUUUUGUAAGCUUUGUUUUUGUAAAUAUUUUGUCCUACUUUUUAUCAUAAUGUUUUAUCCUAAGAAAUGUUUUUGUUGUUUUAGGCAAUAUUAUAUAAGUGUUACUACCUCAAGAAAAUCAAGAAAAUAGCUAUUACUGUUAAAAACAAAUUAUAAAAAUUCCCAUUUGUCUCAAGUUGAUACAGGAGAUUCUUGUAUUUGUGAUCAAUUUCGUGUCUAUAAAGUAAUUCACAAUGGCUGUAAAAUGAACUAAUGCAUUAAUGUGAUACAUCUACCUUCAUAAUCAUUACCACAUUUGCUCUCACCACAUACCGUGCCGAAGCAUUUAGCACUGCUAUGUACUGCGCAGUGAAUAACCACAAGAGUUUGAAAGAAAGACCUCCUUAACCACACAUAUCGAAGGUAAAACUCAAUUUAAAUACAGCUAUUCUUUCUUUUUGUAUUAUUUUCUGCAUCGCAUUUAAUCCAUAAGUUACUCAUUCAUCAAUGUAUUAAUAAACA